AUGGGGUGCGCCGUGUCGGUGGAGGUGGCCGGCAAGGACGACGCGGGGGGGCAUAGCAACCACGCAGUUUCGCAGAAGCCGACAGGGAAAUCCGUUACAGUGCAAGAAUCGCAAAUGACAGCCACGACGGAGGUCGACGCGCGCCCGACGGACGCGGUCGAGUCGACGGCGACGGAGGGCGCGCGGCCGCUGCGCAAGUUCAAGCUGCGCGAGGUGCGCGACAUGUGCGACGGCUUCUCGUCCAAGUGCCCCGUGCUGGGCGAGGGCUCCUUCGGCAUGGUGUAUCGCGGCAGCGCGGAGCUCGACGGGCGCGCGGUCGACGUGGCGGUGAAGCGGCUCAGCGCGGAGAGCCAGCAGGGCGUCGACGAGUGGCUGGUGCGUGCCGUGCGGGGGUGUCUGCAGGUGGAGGUGCUGAUACUGGAUCGGCUGCGGCAUGCGAAUCUCACCCUCUUCUCCUCCCUUCCCCAUGCGGAGGUGCUGAUACUGGACCGGCUGCGGCAUGCGAAUCUGGUGGAGCUGGUGGGGUACUGCAAGGAGAAGGGCGAGUGCCUGCUCGUCUACCACUACUACGCCAACGACAGCGUUGAAUCCGCCCUCUUCAACCGCAAGCGCGCGGGGCAGGAGCCAUUCUCGUGGGAGCGGCGGGUGAGCGUGGCGUGGCAGGCGGCGGAGGCGCUGGCGUAUCUGCACGCCAAUGAUGUCAUCCACCGCGACUUCAAGCCUUCGAAUGUUCUGCUUGAUGCGGUGAGCGCACUGGGGGUUGGGUGGGGAAGGAGGGGGGGUUCAGGCGCUGGCGUAUCUGCACGCCAACGACGUCAUUCACCGCGACUUCAAGCCUUCCAACGUGCUGCUCGAUGCGGUGAGCGCAAGGGGAGGGGUGGGAGGGAGAUUCAGGCAAGCUGGCAUGGUGCUGGGUGCUGCUGGGGUGAAGUUUGA